GAAUGAAAAGCCGUUAAAUCAUGCCGCCCGCAGCGGCCAGGGUCUGCCGGCCGGGCACUUGACGACGACAAACCUUCGCGGACCUGGUCGCGGCGAGGAUUCUUACGACUUCUAAGAUUUUAUCUUCGAGAGAGUCCACGGGCGAGCCCCCUCGGAAUUGGGCUUGUAGCCUGUGGCCUCCGCCGGCGGUCGUCGUUUUUCUUUGUGUUCCCAAAAUCAACUGUGAGGAGAUAGGUUUUGGUGACAAUGGCGGCGGUGGCAAAGAAGGGAUGGGAGCAGUACAUGCUUCAGCUCCAGCUUCAUCCGCUUAGGACGAAGGCAAUCACGGCUGGGGUUUUAGCUGGAAUCAGUGAUUCUGUGGCGCAGAAGCUGUCCGGAAUUGAGAGGAUUCAACUUCGGCGGCUCCUCCUGAAAGUGAUCUUUGGAUUUGCAUAUGGUGGACCUUUCGGGCACUUCCUGCACAAGCUUUUGGAGAAGUUAUUCAUGGGAAAGAAAGAUAACAAAACAGUUGCAAAGAAGGUAUUGCUCGAGCAGGUGACAUCCUCACCAUGGAACAAUUUUCUCUUCUUGCUAUACUAUGGUUUGAUUGUCGAGGGAAGACCCUGGCCACAAGUAAAGAACAAAAUUAAGAAAGAGUAUCCCUCAGUGCAGCUCACUUCAUGGAUGUUUUGGCCUGCGGUAGGGUGGAUAAAUCAUCAGUACAUGCCGCUUCAGUUCCGUGUUAUAUUUCACAGCUUAGUUGCAUGCUGCUG